GUAGACAGACACAGCCGGUGCUUCUUUCAUUGCUGACGUAAUUCACAAGCCGACAGAGACAUGCAGGUGCAGUAAACGUUUCCAAGGUAACAGGGCGCUCCACCAACCAGAGAUGUCGUUAGGAUUGUGGGUAGUGUAGUACUUCCAUGGCAUCGUGAAAAAAACUCAUUUCCCUUAAAACAAGGUUGAUUUCGCACAGACUUGUAGCUUCUGCUGGAGCAGAUUUUUUUUUUUUUAAAUCUCAUAGCUCGUGGUCAGUCUACCUUUAAUAAAUUCCACAGUAUGGCUUAUAAUCACUAUUCAGUAAUAGAAUAUCACUGGGAUUUCACUUCCAGAACCUCACUGCUUAUGUCUAUAGGAACUGUAAUGUUUUAGCAAGGUACUUUAUGGUUACACUGAGUAAAGCUUACACAGGCACUUUUUGCAGCUCAAAGUAGUGGACUAUUCGUAAUGCAAUUAUCAUAUUUUUCAAAGUUAAAUUGGAGAGCAUAUCAUGUGAAACAGUGCUUCACUCAUCCAUUCGCUAAUAAGGAAAUCACCAAUCAUACAAGUUGUGAGCAGAAUAUUGUCAGUGUGAACUGUGUUUUGAGGGUUAUAGUGAAUGCAGACAUUUUUUGCUGGUUGUUUACCUGCCAAAAUGUCUAAAUAGUGUACAGAUUUACCAGCCACAGACAAAAAUUACCAGAAUUUGGUUGGUAAUAUCUCCCACACUAAACUGUAACUCUAUAGGCUAGCUGCAGUGGUUGUCUAGUUAUUUAAAUAGCUCAUGUUGCUUCAUUUGGGAAAUAGUAUUAUUUUUUUCCUUCUGUUUCUUUUCUUUUCUGUCUUUUUUUUUUUUAAAAUCUCUCCCAGUCUGAUAUUAAUCUGAAGUAGAAUGUAAGAGAUGAGAUGUCUUGACUGCUGUAUCGCUAAUGUCUGCAUUUUUGUUUUUUAAAUUCCCAGGAGUAUGUGCAGCAGCUUGACCUGAGAAAUAUGAUUUCAAUCUCCAUGGACGGACCCAGUGUCAACUGGAAGUUUUUUGACCUGCUCCAGCAAGAACAGGCAGAAGAGUUUGGAGGUGCCAAGCUGACCAUGGUUGGGAGCUGUGGGCUGCACACACUGCACAAUGCCUUCAAAAGUGGCUUCAGUGUCUGGCAGCUGGAGAAAGUACUCAAGGCAUUGCAUACAGUGUUCCACAAUACUCCUGCUCGAAGAGAGGAUUUCUCCACUUUGACCAAGACAUCUGUGUUUCCCCUACCAUUCUGUGGGCAUCGCUGGAUAGAAAACCUACCCGUCGUCGAGAGGGCUAUUGCAGUAUGGCCAAUGAUCGUGAUGUACGUGGAUGCAGUGACGAAGAAAGAACUUCCAAACCCUAAAACAUCAUCCUAUGACGCUCUUGUAGAGGCACGGAAGGACUCUCUUAUAAUGGCCAAGUUGCACUUCUUCAUGGCUAUCUCCAGGACCUUCACCACCUUUCUAACUACAUAUCAGACAGAUGAGCCUGUGAUGCCAUUCAUCAGCAAAGACCUGGCUGUGCUCAUGAAGAGCCUGCUGAAGAGGUUCAUCAAGGCAGAGAUCCUUAAAGACAUCACUACACUGCAGAUGGUGAGACUCGACACGACUGACAAGAAAACAAGAGUCCACCUAAAGGAUGUGGACAUUGGCUUAGGAGCAGAAGCAGUUCUAAAGGAACUCCAGAGUAGCCCCAGCAGCAGUGUAGGAGAGCUCAGUGUGUUGGCGUUUAGAAGAGAAUGCAUGGAGUGUUUGACUAACAUUGUCCAGAAAAUGCAAGACAAGAGUCCACUGAAGUACAACACUGUGAGGCAGAUGGCAUGUUUGGACCCAGCAAACAUGUUCUCAGACCCCGACUUGUGCCAGGAAAGAAUGAAACGACUUGUUCAGAGGUUUCUGCAAGACAACCAGCUGUCAGGAGGUGACAUGAUUGUCCAGCAGUUUGGAAACUUCUUGUCUCUGGAGGCAAAAGCUGAAUCCUUCUCUUCUUUCCAACCUGUGCGGACAAGACUGGAUGUUUUCCUGCAUGGACUCCUCCAUCAGUCCUACCCUGAGCUCUGGACUUUCUGCAAGAAACUUCUGCUCCUGUCUCAUGGUCAAGCGACAGUUGAGAGGGGCUUUUCUGUAAACAAGGAGGUAGAGGCUGAUAACAUGCAGGAGGACACAGUUGUUGCUCAGAGAAUGAUAUGUGACUAUGUUUCUGUCUGUGGUGGGGUUCUCAAAGUUCCUCUGACAAAGGAGCUCCUGGCAGCUGCAGCCUCAGCAAGGUCUCAGUAUCGGCUACACCUGGACCAGGAAAAGAGAAAGAAGGAGAGCGACACACGAAGAGAAAAGAGAAAAGUUGCAGAGGAGUACCUUGAGCAGCUCAAAAAAAAGAAGGUGACACUGAGUGAGGUAGCAAACAGCCUAGAAAAAGAUGCAGAUAAACUGGCAGAGCAAGCUGAGGGUCACUCAGGCACACUCAUGGCCCAGCUAAUCACCAAGUCCAACAUACUCAGAAAGAGAUACAAAGACAAAGUCGCAGAACUGAAAGAGGUUGCGAGAGAGCUGGAAGAUAAAUCAGCAGAACUCAGGCACAUGCCUUGAUGUCCAGUCAGACAUUUUCUCUUUCCCUUACCUUCCCACCUUCC